ACCAACGUUUGAAACCUGAACAGAUGGAAGUACGUCACGUAGUAAUUGGUAAAAAAGAGAAGCGUAAAUGUCUAGAAUGUGGUAUAAGAGUUUCGAAGCAGGUGAAGAAAAAGGUUAAGGACAAUGAGAGAACUAUAGGAAAGUUGGUAAAGGUAAAUAGAGUCAGUGAAAGUAUUGGUUUGCAUUUAAAUCAAAUGGACAGAGAGUAUGCAAAAAAGGAAAAGGCUUACCUUGAAACAUUUGAAGGAAAGAAUAAUCG